AUGACGCAGCGUGCAGCGUGCUGCCCAAGGUCAUCCUCAGCCGGACCAACCAGACCAGAGGGCGCGCCCACUCUCGCACGUCAGCAGCCUCCAUUCGGUCCCCCCCUUCCCGGCUCGGCAGCAAGCAACGCAGUUCAGAUUCAAAGGGACACGAGCAAUGCUCGUGCCUCUGUCGACGGCGUCGAAAGUAGCGCUUUGCUGAGCGAAUUGAACAGCGAAAGGCAGUACUUUGGGUAUCAAGAGCGGGGCGAGGGGCAGACCGGACCGGAGCUCCUGGCUGAUCUUCUCGGGCGCAGGGCUACGGAUGCGAUCGAUAACGCGCGCCCCGUGCGUCGAUCUGCCAGUCUUUCCGCCGCGCAGUUUGCAAAUCCCAGCCCAACACCCCGCAUCUAG